GGAAUUUUUACCUCGUGGAAGUGGUGUUGUAACAAGACGUCCGACAGUUGUUCAGUUGCAACCACAUCAAGGAGAAGAAUAUGCUGAAUUUUUGCACAAGGAGGGAAAAUAUUAUGAUUUCGCAGAGGUAAAAGAGGAAAUUGAGAAAGAAACAAUGAGAGAUCCAGGACCUACAGGGUUUUCCUCGAAGCCGAUUUCGUUGAAAAUAUAUUCACCUAAAGUUCUGAAACUUACGUUAGUUGAUUUACCAGGCCUUAUAAGGAAUGUUGUCAAUGGUCAGCCUGAUAGCAGCAUAGAAGAAGUACGAAAUAUGGUGUUAAAAUUUAUCAAGCAACCCAAUAGCCUCAUCUUAGCUGUAAGCCCAGCUAACCAAGACAUAGCAAAUUCUGAUGCUCUAAAUAUUGCUUAUGAAGUGGAUCCCAAAAGGGACAGAACAAUAGGUGUAUUGACAAAGCUAGACCUGAUGGAUUCUGGAACAGAUGCUCGUGAUAUUCUGGAUAACAAAAAGAUUUAUCUUAGUAGAGGUUAUGUAGGUGUUUUGAAUCGCAGUCAAAUGGAUAUUGAUUCUGGGAAAGAUAUACAAUAUGCCUUGGAAAAAGAAAGACAUUUUUUUGCAAAUACUCCAUGUUACAGUGAUAUAGCUGAUCGCAUGGGUACACCUUAUUUGCAAAAAAUUUUAAACUUGCAGCUAAGAACCCAUAUAAAGAACUCUCUACCAGAUGUUCGCAAAGAGUUGUCGCAGAAACUUAAUGUUUUCCGCAGACAGUUGAAAGAAUUUGAAAAUUUGACAAGUAGUAAUCUGAAAGGUGGGCAUCGUACGCAGUUUUAUAUGAUCAAGUUAAUUCAGAUGUUUAUAGAUGAUCUCCAUAUUAAAUUAUUUGGUUACUGUGAACUUAUUGAUAUGAAAAAAAUUGAGUAUGGCGCUCUGAUCAAUUACAAAUUACAUACUGAUCUUCUAAGGAGUCUGAAGUUGCCUCCUAUUCCAUCGGAUGAGGAAUUAAUGAUAUUAAUAGCAAAUAUUCAUGGUGUUCGAAACAUUCUGUCAAUUCCAUCUAUAGCUUUAGAAGCAGCUUGUGGAAUAUUGUUGACCGAGUACAAAGAACCUUUGCAAAAUUUUGUAAAUAGUAUAGCUGAGAUUUUGAAUAUGGCUAUUGAUGAAUCUGCAAGUCAUAUAGAGAGGUAUCCAAAUUUAUCCAAUUCAUUACUUUGUUUGGUAAGAGCUUCAAUUGAUUCUGCUGCUGAGCAAACAAAGGAUACGUUAACGAUGCAUUUGAAUGCUGAAAAGUUCUUUGUUAAUGCAUAUCAUUGGGAUUUGGAAACUUCCAAUUCAGAAACCACUCUUAAUGGGAAAAAUGUGAAGAUUUGGAAUUCAGAAAUAGUAGAUGAGCAGUCUGAGGAUACAUUGGAGGAAGAAAAGGAUUUAGAUGCAGUACGAGAAGAAAUGAAAGAGAGCUUAAUGAAUAAUAGCAGUACUGAGCAUAACACAACACUCCUGGCUGAGAGAAUUAAGCAAUACAUGCUUAUCGAGCAGAAGCAAAUUGGAGAUACUGCUAUUAAAUAUAUCCUGUACUUUUUAGUGAAACGGGUUUCGGAUUUUACAAAGACUGAAUUAAUUCCUUCUUUAGUAGAUUCGGAUAAUGAGAACGACUUCUAUGCUGAUUUUGAAAGAGAUUUUAAGAUACGGGAAGAGAUUGAAGAGACAUGUGCACAGUUAGAAAAAGCUUUAAAAGCUGUUCAAGUGUUUUAAAAUGUUAUGUAGUGCUCUCUAUUGCAUUUUACAUAUAUGAUAAUUAACCUUGUAUGCACGUAAUUUUUAGAACUAUUAUAAAUGUUUUGAAAAAGGGCUGAAAAAGUUUCAUGCACUCAUAGUUUUCAAUAUUGUUUAAAUUCUUCUCCAAAAAAGUUGUAUUUUUUUAUAGUAAAUUUUUUUGUCAUCGUUUAUAUUUUUAGUCAUUUUUAUAUGCUGUAUUUGAAUUUUGAACAUAUCAAGUUUUUUGUAAUGCAUAUUUUUAUUUCAUGUAGUCAGUUUUCAUAUAAUUCAUAUUUUUGGCUUCUGUGGAAAUUAAAUUGGUAAUAUUAGC